AUGACUCAAUUUUUCGCCUACUUCGCGAUCGCACUAUACGCUGCCACCACCUCGGGUGACAUCGUGAAUGAUGCAGCUUCCACAGCAAAUAAUUUUGGAGACGUGGUGAGUAAAUCGGCCAACGAUUUUGGAGACAAGGUGAGUAACUCGGCCAACGAUUUCGAAGACAAGGUGUCGGACACAGCAGACGAUGUUGCUGAUGCAGCUUCACCCGCGGCUGACGCGACGGGCAACUGGGUAAGGGGUGCUGUCCACUCAAUCUCCGAUGCUGCUGAAUCGGCUGCCGAUACAACCGGUAGCUGGGUCAAAGGAGGCUAUAACACUGCGUCCAGUGCAGCUAGCACGACCACUGAUGCUGCUGGUAAGACGGUUGACGAUGUUAAAGACACGGUUUUCAACGAUUUCGGAGACAAGGUGUCAGACACAGCAGACGAUGUUGCUGACGCAGCUUCGCCCGUGGUUGACGCGACGGGCAACUGGGUAAGGGGUGCUGUCCACUCAGUCUCCGAUGCUGCUGGAUCGGCUGCCGAUACAACCGGUAGCUGGGUCAAAGGAGCCUAUAACACUGUGUCCAGUGCAACUAGCACGACCACUGAUGCUGCUGGUAAAACGGUUGACGAGGUUAAAGACACGGUUUCCAGUACUGCUGAGUCAGCUAUGAGUGAUACCGGCAGUCUGUUUGAUGACGUUUCGGACACUGUCAGCUCUAGUGCUGAUGAGUUGGCUGGUGCGCUUUAA